AUGUCUGACCAUAUCUUCUAUAUUUACUCAAACCUGUCCUCUGUUCCCUGGGAGGGCAGUGCAACAGCAGCAGUUGCUCCCGUUUCUCCUCCUACACCUGGUCUCUACCAUGUCCUCUAUCGAGGGUGUGGAGAAAAGCAGUUGGGCCGGCAUGUGGAGACAUACUGCCUGGUUGGUGGUUACCGGGUCUACGGAGAUGUACCUUUGGCCACGCCAGCAAAUGUGGAAGCAGAGAAGCCAGUUGCCAGACGUGCUCCCAAGGGAAAGCACGCUCCGAAAAGGUCGGAUUGCGACCUGCGUUUCUCCAGACCCACAGUCCGGCGAUUGUAG